GCGCGAACUCUGUGAACGACGAGUCCUCGCGGUCUCACGCAGUGCUGCAAAUUCACCUGCGGAACAAACAGGGAAAAGUGGCAGGGCGGCUGGUGUUCAUCGACCUGGCGGGCAGCGAGCGGGGCGCGGACACGCUGCAACAGCCGCGGCAGACGCAGCAAGACGGGGCGGGGAUAAACCGGUCUUUACUGGCGCUGAAGGAGUGCAUUCGAGCCAUGGACAAGGAGCAGCUGCACAUUCCUUUUCGAGACUCGGAGUUGACGAAAGUGCUGCGCGAAGUCUUCGUGGGCCGCAGCAGCAGAAGCAUCAUGAUCGCCACCAUUUCCCCCGCGUCUUCCUGCUGCGAGCAGACCCUCAACACUCUCCGCUACGCCUCCAGGGUGGCCCCGCCGGCGACCCGCUGCUGCUGCAGCAGCAGCAGCAGCAGCACGACCGCGCGCACUCGCCGCCAAGCCCCCUCGCAGCUUCACUCACAGAUGAAGCUUCUGCGGAUUUCAGAAGCUGCGGGGGCCUCAGCUCUUCAGAAACUUCUCCCCGGCUGCCCCCCCCAACCCCCCUGGGGCCCUAUGGGGGCCCCCGGAGGGGCCCCCGCUCCUCCACUUUGGGUUCUCCUUUGCUGGCCUCUUCCGUCUUCUUCCCAGCAGCUCCCGGCAGCAGCAGCAGCAGCAGCAGCAGCAGGCCCAUCCGCAGCGCAGGCGUCACCCGCAAGACCGUCUUCGGCAGCGCCUUCGUUGGCCGCGGCCGAACAGCAGCAGCAGCAGCAGCAGCAGCAGACUCCGGCGGAACCGCACUGGGCCCCGGCAGCCCGCGGCGCCUGCAAGACUCCUCUGCGACAGGCGAAGCCAGGGGCGGUCUGCCCCCCCCCUCCCCGCUGGGGUCUUUUCGCCAAAACUUUCAAGGGCCUCGAGCUUUGA